AUGGCAAGCCAUGGCGUAGCUCGUACCGCCCAGACACGCAUCGGGCAACGGCAAGAUGUCGCCAAGAUCAAGACGUACCAUGUCCUCGAAAGCCAGAUACGGGCCCAAGCAGCGCUGGGCAGCUAUGAUCUUGAGCUCCUGAACCUCACCACCAAGCUACUCCAACUCAACCCGGAGUACUACACCAUUUGGAACAUCCGUCGUCGCUGUCUUCUCAAGGGUGUACUCUCCUUUCCGCCUGAAUACAACUCGAGCGAUGUCACAUCGAUGACCUUGGCCGAGCAGCACGACAGUAUUAGCACCGCCCUACAGUCGGAUCUCGCCUUUACGGUGCCGCUUCUGCUCAAAUUUCCCAAGUGCUACUGGAUCUGGAAUUUCCGAUCCUGGAUCUUGUCCCAGAUGACCCUCCGGCUUCCAAUCCCUACCGUGCGCAAGAUAUGGGAAAUGGAACUCGCCCUUACAUCCAAGAUGCACAUAAAGGAUCGUCGCAACUUCCACGCUUGGGGCUACAGGAGGGAAAUUGUAGCCAAGCUUGAGAGCCCUGACCUGCAAGGCAAGAGCAUGUCGGAAGCCGAAUUCGCAUACACGACCAAGAUGAUCAACGAGGACCUAUCCAACUUCUCGGCGUGGCACAACAGGACACAGCUCGUUGCGCGUGUUCUCGACGAGCGCGGUGCCGACGAUGAAACGCGCCGAGGUUUCCUGGACAUGGAACUCAAGACCACCCAGGAUGCCCUGAACGUCGGACCAGAGGAUCAGAGUCUGUGGUAUUACCAUCAGUUUCUAAUGUCGCAGAUCGUUGGUCGCCAUGAAAAUCGACAGACCAUUGUGCCGUCUCUGACCACCAGUCAGGCGACUGCCUACCUACGGCGCGAGAUUGACAAUCUCAAGGAUCUUCUCGAGGAUUACAGCGACAUCAAGUGGAUUUAUCUAGGCCUCUUGGAUUGGACGUCAGCCUUGGAACGUGUAGAAGGCCCUGCAAACAGCGGUGACCGCGAGCUCAACGAGUCCAAGGUCUGGCUGGCGAAGCUAAGGGCACUCGAUGUCUUGCGUGCCGGCCGAUGGGACGAUAUGGAGGAAUGUGUAGCAUGA